AUGCUCUCUGUUCUGCAGGUCAUUCUGAUUCUUUUUGUCCCAAUUUUGCUUGCUGUAGGAUACGUUACAGGGAAACACAUCCCGAAUGUAUACUAUCCGACCUCACCUCUGCUGUUCAAAGUCUGCCAACGCGUGGAGGCGCCUGGCAGCGCCAGCGACGACGCCAACGAUGACGCGACUCAUGUCAAUGGCAAUGGUUCUGCGAACGGCUCUCUCAAGAAGGGGGUCGAGACGAUGAGUAUCAAGACUUUUCUCGAAUCGAAGGUGCCAAGUUUAUAUAAGGGGUACAGACUUUCCUGGUGGCUUCCUAAUGGACACUCCCAGACCUGCUACGCUGCUGUGGGGGACUUUACCAAGACUGAUCAAAUACUGUACGAGCGCACGUUGCUUCGAACCCCUGAUGGAGGCACAUUGGGAUUGGACAUGACACCGACGACUGAAGAAAACCCUGACCUCCCCGAUGAUACACCUAUCGUCGUAGUUCAGCAUGGCUUGUGUGGCGGGUCGUAUGAGUCUUAUGUUCGCUCCGUUCUCGCUCACGCUUGCGCGUCAAAGUCACAAGGGGGUUUAGGCUACAGAGGAAUCGUGAUCAAUUUCCGAGGAUGUGCAAACGUACCUCUCACUAGCUGGCAGUUCUAUAGCUCUGGACACACGGACGAUCUGCGUUGCGGUCUGUUGUAUAUUUCACACAAAUUCCCAAAAGCUCCACUCGUCGGUAUCGGAUUUUCUCUUGGUGCCGGUAUAAUUACUCGUUAUUUGGGCGAGGAGAAGGAAAAGAGUAGAUUGCAGGCUGCCGUUGCACUUGCCUGUCCCUGGGAUUGUGUCAAGAAUAGCAGAAGAUUCGAGACGGAGUUCGUUCCGAAGACGUUUUACUCUCCCGUGUUGGGAGGCACUCUGCUGGCAUCAUUUCGAAUCCAUGUCGAUUCCCUUCGGAAGUUACCACCAGACGAUCGACUCGCCCCUCAACUGGAUAACAUUAUGAGUUUAAAGAAAAAUCCAACUCUGAAGGAAGUUGACGAAGCCUUCAUUCGGUUCUGUGGUGGACAUUCUCCUCCAUUUCCUUUCAAGUCUGCCGAUGACUACUACGCAUGGGGAUCUAGUCAUCAUCAUCUAAGUUCAAUUCGAGUACCAUUUCUCGCCAUUAGCUCUGCCGAUGACCCAAUUAUCGGUAUCGCUCCAACUAAGGAGGCGAUUCAUGGUCAGACGACCGCUCUUGUUGUGACACCAGCCGGGGGUCAUCUUGGUUGGUUUCAAGGUGGAAGUCCGAUUGGACGACCUCCUGACCGUUGGUUCCGUAAGCCAGCCUUGCAGUUCCUGAGGGCUGCCGCGGAGGACUAUGUCCCCGAUUCGAGGUAUGGGCCGCCGAAGGAUGGAAGCGAUAGGAUCGAACGCGACGGGUUCGUUCUUGAGAGAGGGAAGGAUCUCGUUGGCUUCAAAGUUGUUUCGACGGGGGAAAUCAUCCACGGAGGCGAGGGCAAGCCCACGCAUGGACUUAACAUGUGGGGAUUUUAG